AAUAUUGAUCACUACUAUACUAUAUCACCACUACGUUUUGCUGUAAUAGUGUAAACAAAUAUACCGUGCACGUGCUGUACUUUGUUAUUAAAUAUUCUAAUAGCUCAAGCUUAUUAAAAAAUGGCGGGACUUCUACUAAGUCCGACAGAAAAAUUGUAUAUAUUACAUGGUGUUCAGGAUGACUACCGUUCAGAUGGCAGAUCAAAUAUUGAUUAUAGACAUAUGGAACUUGAAACUGAUGUGGUAAGCCAUGCUAGUGGAUCAGCGAGACUCCGACUUGCUAACACAGACAUCCUCGUAGGUGUGAAGACAGAGAUAGAUGAACCUAAACCUGACAAUCCAGGAUUGGGAAAAAUUGAAUUUUUUGUUGAUUGUUCAGCAAAUGCAACUCCAGAGUUUGAAGGUCGAGGUGGAGAACAACUUGCCAAUAUGAUAUCUAAUUUGAUGCAACGUGCUUACCACUCUUCUCAAGCAUUUGACUUAAAACAGUUGUGUAUUUUAGAAGGAAAACAGUGCUGGAAACUUUAUGUUGAUAUCUUGAUUUUAGAAUGUGGAGGCAAUCUGUGUGAUGCAGUAUCACUUGCCGUUAAAGCAGCAUUGUUUAACACAAGAAUACCAUUUGUGAAAGCAGCUCUCAUGGAUGGAGGCAGUGUUGACUUUCAACUCUCAGAUGACCCAUAUGAUUCUAAAUUGUUAGAAGUCGGCAAUGCACCACUUUUGGUGACGCUUUGUAAAAUCGGAAAUAAAUGUGUGGUAGAUCCAUCAGCUGAAGAGGAAAGCUGUAGUGUUACAUCUUUGAUAAUCGGCAUUACUGGCAACCCAAAGUACUAUAGCCAAGAAUCGGAUUCACCUAAUCUUGAGUGUAAAUGCAGCACAAUUGGAAUGAAUGGUCCAGGAAGUGUUACCUCUGAGACUUUUAAAACAGCUGUUACCCAGGGAAUCAUUGCAGCUAAAUGCUUAGAUGAAGCUUUGGGCAAUGCCCUUUUGCGCGAAAGACAAGAAAGUGGGUGUCGCAAGAAAAAUUCUUAUGGAUUCCUGAAAUAAAAUCUAUGAAUAAAUGAG